AUGCCUUCUUUCCGUCUGGAGAGUCAUGGGCGACCAGCGCAGCUUCUCCUUCCCUCCGCCACUGCUGCACCUCCGCCUACCGCUGCUGCUGCUGGCGGGGUUGCUUCUGCUGCCGCUACUCGCAUCAACGACGCCCAAGGUCGCCCUCUCCUCCUCCUACCUGCACCUCCUCGCCUUCCACUCUACCCCACUCGCUCUACCCGACGCUCCCUCCUCUCUUUCCCCAACUCACCCCAUCCACAGUCCCCUCCCUCGCCGUUAAUUGGCCUCCCCUCCCUCCAGUUCCAUCCCUCUCCCUCGUUCUUCCACUCUACAACCUUCAACGCUGCUCUUCCUCCUGUCUUCUCUUCCUCCUCCCUCCCAAUCGAACCCCCUCCCCUUCCCCCCCCAUACCUUCCCCCUUCCCUCCCUCCCCCAUCCCUUCCCACCCUUAUCCCUUUAUCCCCCUCCCUUCUCCCUCCCCCCCCCUGCCUCGCCCCUGCCUUGCCCUUGUUUCUCCGUCGCCUCCGCCCUCCGUCCCUCCUGUCUCCCCCCUGCCUCCUCCCUGCCUCGCCUCUCCUUUCCUCCUCCCUGCCUCGCCUCUCCCUCCCUUUUGCCUCGCCCAUUAUACCCCUUUUUCUCCUCUUCCCUGCCUCGCCCCUCCUCCCCCCUGCCCCGCCCCUCCCUCUCCCCUCAUCCUGCCUGCCUCGCAGCUCCCUUCCCCUUCCCUACCCACUGCCUCCCCCGUGGCCCCCCUUGCCUCCUCCCUGCCUACCUCCUCUCCCCCCCUCCCUUCCCACUCAUUCCCCCCUGUCUUCCCCCUGCCUCCCCGCUGUCUCCCCCCUGGCCCCCCUUGCUUUCCCCCUCCAAACCAUUCCCUCCCCCCUCCUUUCCACCUCCCUCACCCCUGUCUCCUCCCUGCCUCCCUCCUCCCUACCCGCCCCCCCCUCGCUCCCCCCUGUCUCCCCCUGCCUCCGUCAUCCCUCCCACGCCCUCCCCUCUCCCUUCUCCCUCCCUCCCCCCUCACUCCUUCCCGCCUCCCUGCUGUAUCCCACCUGCCUUCCCCCUGCCUCCCCACUGCGUCGCACACCGUCCCCUGGCAGUGUGGGUGCUGGCGGAGUGCGCUGCAGCAUGGAACUUGUCGCUGAGUGGGUGGCGGGUGGGGGGCAAGUGUGA